CACUACUCUAGUCAACUAAUUACUUGGAAACUUUCGUCAUAUAAGACAUCCUCUCCCCUCUCUCCUCCGAGUUUCCUUUCCCGUCUCCCCCAACCUUUGCUUGCUACCAUGGAACACUUCCAACAUACCGCCCACAUCGGAACCCACUCCUUGAGCUACGCAUUGCGAGGUAUUCCUCGGCAGCCCGGCGCUCCGCUUGUGGUGGUUCUUACAGGGAUCACCAGCAGCGCGCUAGAAUGGAGCGCGGCGUGUCGACAUCUCAAGAAUGAGGCAUCUGUGCUGCUGUAUGAGCGGACUGGCUACGGUCAGAGCGAAGCAUGCCCUACCGCCGAGCCGGACUCACGAACAAUUGUGGAUGAGCUGUCUCGGCCGCCGCGGUCCGUUUCCAGAAAAUCACCAUCUGAUCAUCAACUAGCGACCUAACGGUCACUGGACACUAUCUUGAACACAGAUUUUGGCAGUGCAAAAUACGACAUGCUCAGACAUCCCGGACCUCCUUUUUUUGACAUGUCCUAUGUCAUCUCACCCUCUUCCACCAAAGGCGAGGGUCAAAAGACAUGGAAAGCUGCAGGAACCAAUGUAACCAGUCUCCCAGGUCCAAGUAGACGUACUAUCGGCCCUCUGCAUCUAAUAUAAAUUCAAUUCCAUAUUCGUCUAUCCGAAUCAAACCACAGGAUACGGGUGUUUGUCUAGCACUUCUAUGAAGCGUUAUUCCCAAACAGGUAGGCGCUGUCCCGCUAUACCCACGGCGGUAGGCGGUUCAAUGAGGGCCGUUUCCAGCGCCCCGCUAGCCGACGCAACGUAUCCAUGAGAAUUAUAUAAGAAAUGAUGGAUGAUAGAUAAAAAGCGAAGACGCCACUUUGGGCUCUUC